UGCCGCCCUUGCUCUGAUCCCCAGGAGCCCGGUGCUUGUGGGCGGAGCCUGCGGUCACGCUCGGACGCGCUGACGUCACAGAGGCGCCGGACCGUCCGCGUGCUGACCACUUCCAAACGGGCAGCCGGGGCUGCGGAAGGGGGUCCGGAGCCGGAGGAGACGCUGCAGAGCGACGAAGGACAGAGUCACGUGCUGCUGAUUCAGAAGGUCCUGCAGGAGCUGAAGCAGUAUCACGGGGCCAAGCAGCAGAGCACUCGCAAGGACGCCAAGGAAGCUUCCGGCAACGUCACCUGGUUUGAGUUCCUGUCCAAAGAGACCGAGGAGGAGGAGGAGGAGCAGCUGGAGAAGGUGGAGCGAGGCACCAAGGUGAAGCGCACGCUGAGCUCCCUCAAGAGCCGUGUCACCGGUUCCUUCAACAAGGACAAGGCUAAGAGUCGGGAGAAAGAGCAGCAGAGGGAGAGGGACAGAGAGAAGCUUCCGGGCCCUGGCAGUGGUCACCAGCUGGUCCCCGGGACCUUCUCCAGCUUGGCCACCUGCUCUGUGUGCUGCAGGAGUCUGCAGAGGAAACACGGCCUGCAGUGCCUGGACUGUGCGGUGAAUGUCCACCGGAGCUGCAGAAACCUUCUGCCGGAGUGCGGAACCAGCAAGCUCAAAGACCCCUUCCGUAAGAGUCCGAGCCCAGCCGCGAAGGAGGCCCCGCACCUGGCUGGCCUUGAGGCCCACGCUCCCUCCGGCUCUCCCCGUAGCCCAGGCAUGACCAUCACCCCCCGAGGGAGCAGUUCCCAGCCUGCAGUCCCUGCAAGAACCUGCAGCAGCCCCAGCGGAUCCCUUCCCAAGGAGAUGGAGGAUGUUGACAGCGGCAGGUUACGACUGGUGGCGGACGACUCCAUUUCUCUGUCCUCGUCCACCACCGAUUCCAUCGGAGAAGAUGCCCAUUACUCCGACCUGCAAGCAGAUCUGGAGGCUGACGCCCAGGACCUGGAGCUGGAUUCCUGGAGCCUUAUGGUGGAUCAGGAGUACCUUCAGAUGUUGCAAAAGAAGGAUGUCAAGAGGCAGGAUGUGAUCUAUGAGCUCAUGCAGACGGAGAUGCAUCACGUGCGCACACUCAAGAUCAUGCUGGGUGUGUAUGUGCAUGAGAUGCACAAGUCGCUGCACAUGGACCAGAGCGACCUGGAGCGCCUUUUCCCUCAGUUGGAGGACCUGCUGGAGGUCCACCGGCACUUCCUGUCCCGUCUCCGGCAGCGCCGGCGCGAGUCAAUGGAGCCCGGGAGUGAGCGUAACUAUGUCAUUUGGCAGCUUGGGGACAUCCUCAUCGCCCAGUUCUCAGGGGACAUCGGGGACCGCAUGAGGAGAAGCUACAGCAACUUCUGCGGUCACCACCAUGAUGCGGUCAGCUUCUACAAGGAGCAGCUCCAGACCAACAAGAGGUUUCAGAGCCUGAUUCAAAAAAUAAGCAACCUGUCCAUCGUGCGUCGUCUCGCCGUGCCGGAGUGCGUCCUGCUGGUGACGCAACGCAUCACCAAGUAUCCCGUUCUGGUGGAGCGCCUCCUGCAGUACACAGAUGAAGGCACCGAGGAGCACGACGGCCUGGCCCAUGCCCUGGAACUGCUCCGAGACAUCCUCGUCUACGUGGACGCGCAGGUGAGCAAGGAGACUCGUCUCCGAGACCUCGCCAGUAGGAUGGAGCCCCGGUGCGCCGGCAAGAUGAAGGACGGCCAGCUCUUCAGGCGGGAGGACCUGACCCGAGGGGGGCGAAAGCUGCUGCACGAAGGGCCCCUCUGCUGGAAGGCUGCAUCUGGUCGACUCAAAGAUAUUCUGGCUGUGCUCCUAUCGGAUGUCCUCCUGUUACUCCAAGAAAAGGAUCAGAAGUUAACGUUCUCCGCUGUGGACAACAAGCCCUCAGUGAUCAGCCUCCAGAAGCUAAUUGUGCGAGAGGUGGCUCAUGAGGAGAAAGCAAUGUUCCUCAUCUGCGCCUCAUCCAAAGAGCCCGAGAUGUACGAGAUCCACACGAUGUCCAAGGAGGAGCGCAGCACGUGGAUGGGCCACAUCCGCCAGGCUGUGGAGAACUGCUGCAAGGUGGAGCAAGAACCUGCAAGAGAGCAGGAGGAGAUACAAACUGUCUUGCAGCAGGAGUUCCAAGUGCUGCUCCGCCUUAAAGAUGCACAGGUCAUGCAGACCCUGACAGAGAAGCUGAAGAUUUUUGUGGAGUUAGCCAAGGUCAUGGGCAUGGAGGACACAGUGUCAUGCCCACGUCUGCUCUUGCGGGGCGAUGACUCUGACCUCCAGCGAGGAGAGCACCUCCUCAACGGAGCCAUCACUGAAGUGGAGAACCUGCAAAACUUCUUGGUGUCCCACGCGAGGAAGUCCUACGACACCCUGGAGCAGGACCAUGGCCCAGGGGGGCCUCCCAAGAGGGCGGAAACCUUUGGCGGCUAUGACAGCACCUCCACCGUCAACACUGGCACCAUGAAGUCCCACAGUUGGGACGGCCCGUCCAGAGACAGGAGUCAGCGGGCCAACUCGGACCCUCAGCUCCAGGGGCUGUAUGCCCACGACGACCCGCAGCAGCUGGAAGGCGGUUCCCGAGAGUGUCCACCCUUCAUCUUGUCGCAGCUCUUUACUCAGGUCUACCUGCUGUCUAGGAUUCUCUACAGCCUGCAGGCUGUGGUGUCCCAGCAGGACAGCCAGAAAGAGCUGCACCGCGCCUGUCAGACUGAGCGUGAGCGACCGUGCCGCACCCGCACCAGCCCGCUGCUCGAGCAGGAGAAGCAGCGCAACCUGGAGAAGCAGCGAGAGGAGCUGGCAAGUUUCCAGCGGCUGCAGAGCGAGUACCGGGAGCAGCGCGCACACUGGGAGCAGGAACGCGACCGGCAGCGGCGCCGGACAGAGGCAGUGGAGGCGGCGUUGUGCGGGCGGGAGGAGGUGUGCCACGCCCUGGAAGCUCGGCUCACGAGGGACCGCCAGCUGCUGCAGGAGCAGCGGGAGCAGUACCAGCAGGACCUGGAGCGGCUGCGCGAGUCCACACGGGCUGUCGAGCGCGAGCGAGAACGCCUGGAGCAGCAGCAGAAGAGGUUCCGCAAGCACAUGAGCAUUGCCAACCCUGGCCAGCUUACCCAUGAUGCCACACAGGCCACAGUCAACGGCGAGUUCCCGAGUGCCGGCCGAGAGCUGCGCAAACCCCCCAAGCCACCGCCGCAUGCGCGUCCCAGCCUCCCUGCGGCGUUGUCGGAUGACCUGGAGCGACCCGAGGUGCCCCCACGGCGGGAGAGCGCUGGCAUGCCCCCCGCCAAGCCGGAGGUCCCCAUCCACCUGCUGAGCACCACCAACCAGCUAGCAAAACAGAGAGAGGUGCAGCAGCAGAUUCCGACCAAGCUGGCGCUGCGCAAGGACAAGGGCGGCAAGGCAAAGGCGGCGCAGCGCUCCGAGAGUGCUGGUGAGUCCCAAUCCCCACCCCCUGCUGCUAGCAGGAGCCCUGGCUGCAGGGUUGCUGGACUAACUCCCUGGGUUUGGCGCCGUUUUUGCUCCCCCCACAGCAUCCACUUUGCUCAGACCCUCGGAGAAGGAAGACGGGAAUGCGCGAGGACAGCAGCCGCUCGGCUCACUCCACCUGCACGGUCCAGGUGGUGCCCCUCUCCUCGAGAACCAGGCCCCCAAGCCUGACCCCCAACUGAACCGGCUCCCCGCCGCUGAAGACGACGUCAUCUUCUUCUGAGCAGAGUUCUUGUUUCAGAAUGGACCCAUCCUUCAAAAACACAUUUUAUGCAAAGAAUGUCAGUGUUUCAUGCACUGCGAAAGCAUAGCGAAAGAGACUGAGGAAAGCGGUAGGAGGAGAAGGAGCACAAAAGGAAGGAACUGUGGGUUGUUGCUUUCUGAGCACUCUGUAAAGCGCUAAAAGGGACAAAUCUUGACUUUUUUUUAAAAAAAUUCCUGAUUUCAUGUGUUUGUGAAAAUACUUUUAUCAUUGUCUUAAGCUAAAUGCCAGUAUGUUGCUGUGCUUGGGCCGCUGACACAGGUUACCACUGUAAAAAGUCUUACAGCUUCAGCUGAAAUGUUUAAGGGCAUGAAGGAUGUGAUCAUUCUGCUGUCGUGGGAGAUGCAUCCUACCUGCAGUAGAUCACAUGUCCCACUAGUAGUUACAGCUCCUCGUUGGCUUAGGGGGAGAGACUCCCCUUCAGAUAUUUACAUAAAAGUAGAGGCAUGGUGCUUGGGGGUGGAUAGGACUGCAAGGCUAAACCUGCUUCAGUCCGACUUGGUCAUUUCCCUGUACCUACAUAUACACACGUGUGCCUGUGGCCCACUGAGAAAGUGCUACAGUCCAACCCUAGGGAAACGCUUCCACUCAACAUACUUCCUACCUGUAGGUGUUCUUGGAACCGCUGUCACUGAAGGUGAGUCACAUACCUCUGCAAUCUUGCUUGGGUGACUUACUGACCAAGGACUGAGUAGUUCCCAUGAUGCUCAGUUGGGGGAGGUACGAAGCUGGAGUCCCUGCAGGGAUCUGCAUCUCUGGUGCUCGCCUUAUUCAUCCAUACUCUCUGAGUGUGUACAGAACCCAGCCGACAACAUGAUUCGCUACCCGAACCUCUGCUUGCAUCCUACAGCCUGUCGCCAACACCAAUCUUUUAGUAACUUAUCCAUGAAGAAGAAAGAAAGAAAAGGGGGGGGAUGUUUUUCUGUAUGAAACUCUGGGUAAGUUGUAAAUAUGCACACAAAUCCUGGAUGCUGCCACUGACAUUUUAGUCACUUUGAGGGUCGCAAACUGCAAUUCCUGUUAUCUGCACACCAGUGAUUUUACUUACUCCUGUAAUCACUAAGUCUUGGGAAAUGACAGAAAUGUUGCCUUAGAAGAAAUUAUUUUAGCAAUAAAACAAUUAAUGGAUUUCUUGAUUUCGCUGCAUUAUUUGCUCAGACUUUUACAGCCUAUGGAUGAUAGGACUGCACUACUGGUGGCUGAUAUACAAAGACCAGGUUCUGUUGAGUGGAUCACUAUUCUGAAGGUCACAACAGUCCUUUCAAAUCACAUUCAGACCACAUCAGGGUGUAGCUCUGCGAUUUCACUUCCAUAACAGCGGCCAACACAAACUGCACAAGAGCUGCAGACGCACAACUGUAAUUGUAACUGUAACAAUUUUCUCCCUGAGAUACACUGACAUCUGUCCCAGGUCCCAAAACGCUUUUUAGGCUUAACUUCAGUGGUUUCAGACAAUGUGUGAGUGUGAGACUUCAGUUUACCGCUUGGUCUAACAGAACACUAUUGCAUAGACCAGAUUAGAGUCUAGCAGCAUCAGCUCAUCAAGUACAUGGAAGUGCACGGAAGUGCACAUGUGGCCUGCCAACGCCUGGAGAGGAAAAAGAGACUGGGAGGGGGAGACCAUCACUGUAACAGCUUGCAGAAAUAUGAGCCCAUUGUGCGAAAAAGGGUAUAACUUCCCAUUCCCAUUUUCACUCAUUAUGCAGCCACGGUACUUCAGAAAAUGGGCUUCACAUGAUCACGAACAAAGAUGCAACAGGCACUACACCCACACACGUGUGCGCCUGGUCACGGGUGAUUGCUGACAACAGAGCUCCAGUCCCCAGCAAAGGGUUCAGAGCAGCCAUUGAGCACAACAGAGUAAACAUGAAAAAAACACUAACGCACGUUAAAAUGAGUGACUGGAGUUUGUGUUCUCUAUGUACAGACCAUUAGGGUAAAGCAGCAUGGGCAAAUACUGUCAUACUGGAAAUCUCAACAACUCAAAAUCAUUACUGUCAAAUAUUACUGCUGAAAGAUCCAUCUUACUCAAUUUAGCUGAUGCUUUUCUCCAAAGCGUCCAAAAAUGUUAGGCUGCUUACAAUGAUUUACCAAGUUACACAACAGGAGGUUGGAUUCCGGUCCUUGUAGAAACUGUAAACACGUGACUCUGAACUCAGACAGACAGAAUGUGUUCUUUCAGGGAGCAGCAGCACUGAGGAGGAACUGCAGGUGUGUUUCAAACUUAUAUUCUACAUUUACAGUUAUUCACUUAGCAGAUGCUUCUCCAAAGUGACUUCCAAUGGAUACUAUGUAGU